AUGAGUCACAACUUGGCUGGAAUGCCCUCCUACAGGUUGCAGGGUCCUGGUUUGGGCCCCCCAGAUUUCAAACCACCCAUGGACACACCCACACCUCCUGCUCCUGCACCAAGUAAUCCCAAGAAGAGAAGAAAAACUUCAAAUGCCAACAAUGCCUUAACUACACAACAGACUCCACCUACUGUACAAGAUUUACUACCUCCUCCUUUGACAGGGUAUGGAGAUACAAUUGUUGCUUCAAACCCUUUUGAUGAUUCACCUUCAACUGUAUCACACAAUGGUCCUAUGAUGAGUCAAAAUGGACCUAUGAUGAAUCAAAAUGGCCCGAUGGGAAUGAUGGGACCUAUGCACAGUAUGGGAGGACCACCUAUGAGACACAUGAGUCCCUUGCCCCACAAUAUAAGUCCAAUGAAUCAACAAAUGCCACCUAGAGGAGGAAUCAGCCCCAUGGGUAACAUGAGCCCCAUGGGUCAUAUGGGUGGUAUGUCACCCAUGGGUGGUCCUAACAUGGGUAUGAGUAAUCACAGUAUGGGGCCUGGUAUGGGAGGAUCAAGGUCUAUGGGGAGUCCUAUGAGCCCAAUGAACUCUAUGCCAAUGGGUUCUCCUAUGUCAACAGGACCUAUGGGAAGUCCAAUGAACAUGGGUUCAAUGGCGGGUAGUCAUAUGAGUAACAGCCCAAUGGGUCCACCAAUGCAUAGUCCCUUAGGAGCAGGAUCUAUGAAUGGUCCUAUGAACGGGCCCAUGGGUGGCGGAGGACCAAGUAUGAAUGUUCCCCGGAUGAAUGGGCCAAUGGGACCUAAUUGUUCUAAUGGUAGUAUGGGCCCAAGCAAUUCUAUUAUGUCUCCAAGUACUAUGCAAAAUAGUGGAAUGGGGCCUGGACAUUGUGGACCAAUGAGACAUGGUAGUCCAAUGGGCUCCGGAAUUGGCGGUGGGCCUAUGGGUGUUAAUGGUCCAAUGAACUCAAUGGGACCUGGGCCGCCAUAUUCUAAUAGCCAUAUGGGGCAUGGUGGUCCUAUGGGAAUGAGUGGAAGUGGUUCAAUGGGAAUGGGUCCUGGCCCAGGAAAUAUGGGUAAUUGUGGACCUUUGGCGGGCAUGAGUGGAAUGGCAAUGGGAGGACCAGGAAGUCAAGGACCCAUGGGGCAAGGAAUGGGUAUGUUUGGGCCUAAGCCAAUGCCAGUGAGUGCAGGGAAAGUGUAUCCACCGGAUCAACCCAUGGUCUUCAACCCACAGAAUCCAAAUGCACCACCUAUAUAUCCUUGUGGUGUUUGUCACAAAGAAGUACAUGAUAAUGAUCAGGCUAUAUUAUGUGAAUCUGGGUGCAAUUUUUGGUUUCACAGGGGAUGCACAGGUCUAACAGAGCCUGCUUUUCAGCUUUUGACAGCAGAAGUAUACGCGGAGUGGGUUUGUGACAAGUGCCUGCACUCUAAAAACAUACCUCUUGUAAAAUUUAAGCCAUAG